AUGUCCCCACAGGAUUAUGAUGCUAUUUCAGAAUCGGACCUUGCGUUGGUCUUUGGUCACCAACAAUGGUACCCGCCUGGGCAGAUGUGCUUCGAGAACCCGCAGCCGGCGCUUGGAGAUUUAGAUCUGCCAGGGGUGACGUCUCUGGUGGCAGAUUACCCCCACGGUCUGGGUUUCUCAUGGAAUGAACAAUCCUUCCCCAGCCCAGAUGCAGCGGCAGCCGACCUUUCCUCGUCGUUACAGUCCAUGGGUGCAGACCCACCAGAAGGUGUACCUGAACCAGGGGCAGGCUACUCAGUGCGGGCUGGAUGUACCACAUUGCCCCCUUCAGCGUCUAGUCAGUCUCCAAAGAUGUUUUCCACUGAAGAAACGAGGGGCUCGGUGAGACCAAUUAGCAACGUCCUUUGCAGCGAGAGCCUGGCCAAUACCAUUGGCGAACAUGAAAAGUGGCUGCUUAAGCAUUUUGAGAAAAUUGUGCAGCCUCCCGCGGCUAUCUUAAUUGGAGGAAUGCGCAAGUGGCGUUGCCUUCAACGCUAUCUCAUUGAUCUCGGGCUGCAGAAUCAAUUGUUCUUGGACUCCUUGCUUUGCGUGACCGAGCUCUUAGCGGCGGAUGAAGAUCGGGGGGCAGCCAUCCAGCGGAGUAUCCAAAGGCAUCAAUCAGCCCAAGGGGAAUUGGAAGCAAUUAUGACUACGGGAUAUAGGAUAGACCAACAAGAAAGAGACAAACUCCUUGCUGCACUCUUUCUGCUUGCCUGGUUUGAGGUAAUCCACGACCACACUGCCAGCAACAACGACGGACUUUUCCCACGGCAUCUGGCGACUUGGAUAAUUGUCAACAAUUGUGAUUGGAACAAAUUCUCGCUGCAGCUUCUAUCAUGGUUCAAUACCCUGGAUAGCAAAGCCACGCAUCUUGGAGGCCACCCCUUGCUACCUCCCGAAACAUUGAGGAUUGUGAUGCAUUAUCCACUACAGACCACAACUACCUCCAACGAGGACGAAGAAAAUAUCGCCCGUUGCUGCUCCGUGCAAACUGUUUCAACCCUAUCUUUGUCCGGUGCUCGAUCUUGUGAUUAUCUUCAGCAAGGCAGAAAAGCCCCCAACCCUGUCCGCCAACUUAAUACGGGUUAUAUCAAACAUAUCGUCUUACAGACAAUGGUUCAGCCGGCAAUCAAAUGGUACCUGGAGUCACAACUGUAUUGCCGCCGAAUCAGUGCAUAUGAAAAGCAUAAUUGCGUUCGUUCCGCAGGAGACGCUGAAUACGAAGUAAUCAUAGGCUCUCAACGUCUAGAACAAGAACUGUGGGAACUUUGGAGGCGGAGGCCUACAACCAUGUCCUUGUCAGCCGAUGAGCUUAACCGGGCACUUCCGCCCGAUGUUGCUAUGCGACUCUGUGAGAUCUACUGUGUUCAUCUCGCUAGUUUCUGGAUUCUCUUCGUUUAUUUGCACCGAGUAAUAUGGGUUACACGUCCUCAUUCUCCGAUGGUACAGAUUGCUCUGGAAGAAACGUGGCACAAUCUGCAGAGCGCAUACGGAGAAGUAGUGGAUAACGGAAGAGAAAGAAUCUGCCAUCCGGCACUCAUGUGGCCUCUCUUCCUAUUUGGCAGUGAGUGCCCGGAUGAAGGCCGGCGCGCCUGGGCCAUCGAGCAGCUCGAAGCUCUCGGUGAAUCUAAACCAGUGAUGGCUGGCGAAGAGAGCCACGAUGAUGAGGCGCUCCCACCUUUCAAGCUCAGUGCAGGCGCAACCUUGAAUGCCCGACGAGCAGCGCUUCUUUUAAAGGAAUUGACGAAGAGACAAGUUCACUCCACUUCACGGAUAGAUUAUCAUGAUUUGUCCGUAGAGUUGUUUGGAUGCUAUUUUUCAAUUGUAUAG